AUGCUGCGCACGGUUAAGGAAUAUGUGGCAGCCUACGAGGGCAAGCGCGUCAUCAAAAGACUGCUCCUGUGCAACAACGGCAUUGCUGCCGUCAAAUGCAUCCGUUCCAUUCGCAAGUGGGCCUACAACACGUUUGGGGAUCACCAUGCCAUCCAGUUUAUCGCCAUGGUCACCCCCGAAGAUCUGGCUGCCAACGCCGAGUUUGUGCGCAUGGCCGACCACCACGUCGACGUGCCCGGUGGUACCAACAAUUACAACUACGCCAACGUUGACCUCAUCAUCGACAUUGCCGUUCGCGUCAAAGCUGAUGCUGUUUGGGCCGGUUGGGGCCAUGCCUCCGAAAACCCCAAGCUCCCCGAGGGCCUCACCGCCAAAGGCAUCACUUUCCUCGGCCCACCAGGUCACGCUAUGCGCUCAUUGGGUGACAAAAUUUCCUCGUCCAUCGUUGCCCAAUCAGCCGAGGUGCCCUGCCUGCCCUGGAGUGGACUGGACCUCUCCGUCGAUUUCGAUUCGGACCGCCCUGUUGGCACGCCACUGCAGGUACCCGAAGACAUUUACAUGCGUGGCUGCGUCACCGACCUCGACUCGGCCCUGGCCGCGGCCGACCGCAUCGGCUACCCCGUCAUGAUCAAGGCCUCGGAGGGUGGCGGCGGCAAGGGCAUCCGCAAAGCCGUCAACAAGGAUGCCUUCCCAUCCCUCUAUCGCCAGGUCCUUGCUGAAGUCCCCGGCUCCCCCGUCUUCAUCAUGAAGCUGGCCUCUUCAGCGCGCCACCUCGAAGUUCAAGUCCUGGCUGAUGAGUAUGGCAACAGCAUGUCCGUCUUUGGCCGCGACUGCUCGGUCCAACGUCGUCAUCAAAAAAUCAUCGAAGAAGCCCCAGCUGCCGUGGCUGACCCGGACGUCUUCCGCGAAAUGGAGCGUGCCGCGGUCCGCCUCUCCAAGAUGGUCGGCUACGUCAGCGCCGGCACGGUGGAAUAUCUCUACAGCGCCGAGACAAAGGAGUUUCACUUUCUGGAACUCAACCCCCGCCUCCAGGUCGAGCACCCUUGCUCAGAGAUGGUCUCGGGCCUCAAUCUGCCCGCCGCUCAGCUGCAAAUUGCCAUGGGCGUGCCUCUGCACCGCAAUCCGGAAAUUCGCGUCAUGUAUGGUCAGCCCAAGUAUGGCACAAACGCCUUUGACUUUGAUGAUCCCCGCCCCGUGCCCAAACCCAAUGGCCACGUCAUUGCCUGCCGCAUUACCGCCGAAAACCCGGAUGAGGGUUUCAAGCCCAGCGGCGGCACCGUCCAGGAACUCAACUUUCGCUCGUCCGUGGACGUGUGGGGUUACUUUUCCGUUUCUGCCACCGGCGGCCUGCAUGAAUUUGCCGACUCCCAGUUUGGACAUUGCUUCGCCUGGGGUGAAACCCGCGAAGAUGCCCGCAACGCCAUGGUCAUGGCCCUGCAGGACCUGAGCAUCAAAGCCGACUUUCGUACCAUCUCUGAGUACUUGGUCAAGCUCCUCGAACACGAUGACUUUCGCAACAACCGCGUCACCACUGAGUGGCUUGAUGGUCUCAUUCAGGAGCGCGUUCGCGUCGAAGGCCCCAACCCUUUGGACGCGGUCCCCUGUGCCGCUGUGCACAUUGUAGACACACUGAUCAACAAUGCUUGCGAUGAGUACUGCAGUGGCCUCACUCGCGGUCAAGUCCUUUCUCCAGACAUGCUCAAGCUGGAGCGUGAUAUUGAACUCAUUUGCGAUAACGUCAAGUACAAAGUCAAGGCCACAUGCACGGGUCCAACCUCGUACGUGUUGACCAUGAACAAUUCGCAUCUACCAGUGGAUAUUCGUCGCAUGAACGAUGGCUCCUCUCUCGUGCGCUUCAAUGACACAUCCUUCUUGACUCACGUCAAGGAAGACGUCACUCAUUAUCGUGUCGUUGUGGGCGGCAAGACAUGCAUCUUUGACAAAGAAAAGGAUGCUUCCAUUUGCCGCACCACUGCAACUGGUAAACUGCUGCAUUAUUUGGUGGCGGAUGGUGCCCACGUGGAGGCCGGCGAUGCCAUUGCCGAGGUGGAAGCCAUGAAGAUGGUGGCGCCCGUCUAUGUCGGGGCUACCGGCAUGCUCAAACAUGAAAUGGCUGUGGGCUGCAACUUCCAAUCGGGCGACGUCAUUGCCACGCUCUCCCUGGAUGAUCCCUCACAGAUCAAGCGUCCUACCCUUUACGAAGGCACCUUUCCAAUGCUGUAUGACCCGUUGCAAAUGCCCGAGGGCAAACCUCACAACGUGUUGAAGGCCAUUAUUGGCGAGCUCAAGGCUUUGAUGCGGGGCUAUCCGCUGCCCGAGGAAUACUUCCGCCCUCGCCUGAAUCGUCUUGUUGACCUUCUCUUUGACCUCUGUCGCGACCGUCACCUGCCCCUUCUCCAAUUGCGCGACCUCCUGGCCAACUUGUCGGGUCGGUUGCCCGCGGGCGUGGAGGAAGGUAUCCAAAUGGAGCUGAGCAGCUACCAGCGCAAUUUUACCUCGAUUCUCUGCCGCUUCCCGGCUGCACGCAUCGAUAGCUCGUGCCAUGAGAUCUUUGCACUCACCAAGGCCUACAGCGAGGGUGAUCGCGAGUACACGCUUCGCCUGGUCGAGGACCUGCUGCAAGACUAUUUGCAGGUCGAGAAGAUUUUCACCAACAGCCGCAGCAAGGAGGACGCUCGUGUCAUUACCAAGGAUAAGGGCUCCGUGCCCAGCCUCCUCAAAGAAAUGGCCUCUUUCUCCACAUCGGGCAGCUCGGUUAUCGCGCUCACGGCGCGCCAAAUCCUCAUUCGCCUCCACCUGCCCUCUUACGAGCGCCGCCGCAACAACAUGGAAACCAUCUUCCUCGAGGCCAUGGAAGAUAGCUUCUCCGGUACCUACGCCCCCGAAAAGCUGGAGUUGCUCGUCAACUCCCAGACUGCUGUUUUUGACGUGCUCCUCGACUUUUUCUAUCACCAGUCAGAAACCAUUGUACAAGCUGCCCUCGAAGUCUACGUUCGCCGCGCAUACGUGGCCUACAGCUUGAGCGCCAUUAGCCACCGCCGCACCCCCAAUGGCCGCGACGUCAUGGAGACGCUCAGUGCGGGUGUGAGCUUCUUUGAUUCGAGUGCCAGCUCUGUGGCUAGCGAGCGCCCCAACUUCUUCUCCGGUUCCCCGGAAUCCGGCUCGCGUACGCCGGCCGAUCCGCCGUCCGAAAUGCACAACGUCAUCAGCAUUGACGAUCUGCAGUCACUUGAACGACAGCUCCAGCGAGUCGCAGCCACGCGGCCGGAGGAGGUUGUAGACCGCCUCGGCGUCCUCGCCGUCUUUACCUCGCUCGAGGACCUCGACUCCCAAAUGGGCUGGAUCAAGACGCUCUUUGAGGACAGCGGGCACGAUGACGAGCCCAUCAACGUCCUCAGUGUUGCCCUGCGCUGGGAUGAGAGUCCAAUCGACAUGGAGGACGACGAAACGGUGGUGGCGGCCCUCUCAGAGUUUGUGGCCAAGCAUCGCGACGACCUCUUUGCCGUUUCCAUCCGCCGCAUCAGCUUUAUCAUCACCAAGCGCGCCACUCAUCCCAAGUACUACACCUUUCGUCAGCGCCUCAUGUUUGAGGAGGACUCCAUUUAUCGCCACGUGGAUCCAGCGCUGGCCUUCAAGCUGGGCCUCUUCCGCUUGGCCAACUACAACAUUGAGCACUGCACCACACGCAAUCCCCAGCUGCACUUGUACUAUGCCACGGCGCGCAAUGGCAGCAACCGCGGACGUGCCACAGACCGCCGCUUCUUCGCACGAACAAUCAUGCGUCACCCUGAUCUGCUGCAGCGCGAGGCUUCGCGUGACCUCAUGCACGAGCACGGCGAGCGCCUUCUGCUCGAGGCCCUCGACGAGCUUGAGGUCGUUUUCUCCGACAAGCGUUACCAGGGCACUGACUGCAACCACGUCUUUAUCAACUUUGUGCCCGUGGUCGAGCUCGAUCCAGAGGCCUACUCAAAGGAGCUGGCGAAAAUGGUGCUGCGCUACGGCGAGCGCCUGUGGAAGUUGCGCGUUCUCGAGGCCGAGAUUCGCAUGAACGUGCGCCUCUCCGAGCAUGGGCGCGAGAUGCCCAUUCGCUUCAACGUCAGCAACCUCUCUGGCUACAACAUGAGCAUUCACAUCUACAAGGAGGUAACCAACUGGCGAACCAUGCAGACGCAGUUCCAGAACUACAAUCCUGAGCAUCCAGGACCCUGGGAUGGGCAUGCCGUGCAGGAGCCAUACCCGUGCAAGGACCGAACCCAGCUCAAGCGAUAUCUGGCACAGCGCCAAAACGCCACCACCUACGUGUACGACUACAUUGAUCUUUUCCGCGUGGCGCUGCAGCAGCGCUGGGCCGCGGUGGCCCAAGCCAAUCCAAGCCUAGAGGUCCCAGACGAGCCUGUGACGGCAGUGGAGCUGGUGCUCAACCGCCACGGACAGCUGGUGGAGGAUCGGCGUCCGGACGGCGUGAACGAUGUGGGUAUGGUGGCUUGGCGACUGCGCCUGGUAACCCCGGAGGUACCGCAGGGACGCGAAAUGAUUCUGGUGGCCAACGACAUUACCGUAGUGAGUGGCUCCUUUUCGCCACAAGAGGACUUGCUCUUCCUGCGGGCCUCGCAGCUGGCGCGCAAGCUGGGUCUGCCCCGCGUGUACAUUGCCGUUAACUCUGGUGCGCGCAUUGGCCUGGCGAAGGAGCUCAUGUCCAAGUUCUGUGUGGCGUGGAGUUCGCCAUCUGAACCGUGGAAAGGCUUCCGCUACCUCUAUCUCAAGCCAGAGGACUACAAGUGGGCUGCGGAGCGCGAAUUGGUGACGGCCACGGCAGUGGAAGAGGCCGGAGAGACGCGGUACAAGAUCACGGCCAUCUUUGGGGCUGAGCAUGGUUUGGGUGUGGAGAACCUGCGUGGCUCGGGCCAGAUUGCCGGCGAGACCUCGUUGGCAUACGACAGCAACUUUACGUUGACACUCGUCAGCUGCCGCUCCGUGGGCAUCGGUGCCUAUCUGGUGCGCUUGGGUCACCGUACCAUUCAGAGCGAGCAGUCUCACAUUAUCUUGACAGGCCACACGGCCAUCAACAAGUUGUUGGGCAAGGAGGUGUACAGCAGCUCGCUCCAGCUGGGUGGACCGCAAAUCAUGUACUCCAACGGUGUCUCACAUUUGGUCUGCGGCAACGACUUUGAUGGCGUCAAGUCGAUCCUGAACUGGAUCAGCUUUGUGCCGAGCCGUCAGGGCGGGCCCUUGCCUCAACUGCGUUGGAACGUGGAUGACAAGCUCAAUGUGUACGGACCAGACCCAGUGGAUCGCACGAUUGGCUUUGUGCCAACGAGCACGGCGUACGAUCCUCGGUGGAUGCUGGCGGGCCGCAAGGUGGGCAACGACUGGCAGUCGGGCUUUUUCGACCGCGGCAGCUUUGUCGAGGUCAUGGGAGGCUGGGCACGUACCGUCGUCUCGGGCCGUGCGCGCCUGGGCGGCACUCCUGUUGGUGUCAUUGCAGUUGAGACGCGCGCCGUCGAGGUGCAGUUGCCGGCUGACCCGGCCAACCCCGAUUCGGUGGCAAGCACGCUGAACCAGGCUGGCCAGGUGUGGUAUCCCGACUCGGCCUUCAAGACGGCGCAGGCCAUUCGCGAUAUCAACGGUGAGGAGCUGCCGCUGUUUGUUUUCGCCAAUUGGCGUGGGUUUUCUGGAGGCAUGCGCGACAUGUACGAUCAGGUGCUGAAAUUUGGCGCCAUGAUUGUGGACAACUUGCGCACCUUCCGACAGCCGGUGUUUGUGUAUCUGCCCCCGAACUGCGAGCUGCGCGGUGGUGCGUGGGUGGUGGUGGACCCAACUAUCAACGCGGAUAUGAUGGAGAUGUAUGCGGACCCAGACAGCCGGGGUGGCGUUUUGGAGCCCGAGGGCUUGGUGGCCAUCAAGUUCCGGAAGCAGGCCAAGGCAGACACGAUGUACCGCCUGGAUGAGAAGUACCGGGCGUUGCAGGACGCGCUGACGGCGCAGGAAGACCCGGAGAGCCCUGAGGCGCGUUCGUUGCAGCGUCAAUUGCAGGAGCGCUAUGACUUGUUGGAGAGCAUGUACCACCAGGUGGCGGUGAGCUUUGCGGAUUUGCAUGAUCGUGCCAGUCGCAUGAAGCACAAGGACUGCAUCCGGGAUGUGGUGACUUGGGCACAGGCGCGUCGGUACUUUUUCUGGCGCAUGCGCCGUCGUUUGGGCGAGGAGCGGGUGAUCAAGGCGAUUUUGCAGCGCAAUUCAUCCAUGACACGCGAGCAGAGUGCCUUUAUGGUGCGUCGCUGGUUCUUUGACGCCAUGGGCGCGGACAAGGCGCAUUUGUGGGAGGAAGACGAGGCGGUGGCCAACCAAUGUGUGAAUUCGCUGCUUACGCUCGUGGCCCACGAAACAGGGGUCGUUUUUGCAUUCGCAACUCUCCUAACCUAUCUAGACCGUCAAAGGAUUGUACGACGAGGUUGGUUUUGUUUUGAUUCCUGA